AUGGCGCACCUGUACGUGUGCCACUCUGCUCCUCCAUUGGCACACUCAGCCAUGAAGGAGGGGCCCGCUACGUACCUGGAUCAGGUCGUCGGCGCUGCAACGAAAGACGUCAUUUCCGGCCACAAAUCUGAACGCUCGACGCGGGCUUCUGUCUUCGACUUGUCCAAUACCUCUGCGAGAAGGUGGCAGCCGUUGACGGAGCGGUGCGGCUUCACAGGGACAACUGAAGAGCCAGCGUUCGAGUAUGCCGAGUCGACUGCACUCGACACCGGAUCUCUAAUCAGCGAGCCCGAGCCGGCUCCACAACCAUCACCACAUAUGUCCUCGUUACCCGAAAGCGCAAGUGACAAUCCCAGAAACGCUCCACCGGUGACGGUGCACCGCAAGCGGCCUCGCCACCGUCUUCUUCCCUCAAUGCUGACGCGUAUCCGUCAAGCGUACGGGGCAACAUUCGAAUCGGCAACAGAAACCGCAACAGCGCACCAUCCAUACGAUGACGGGCAGCCUUUUCCAGCCGCCGCGAGUGCAAGGGGCGUUGGUUUGGCUCGUGCUAUGCCGAUGCCGACACUGAUGGAGGCAAUGAAACCACCGCAGCAGCUGCCGCCCAGCCACCCUUCACCUGCCGUAGCACCGGAGCCAUGUGCCACCGCGGUCGCAUCCUUCGCCUCUAUGCAGCAGGUCCUGAUCGACUACGAGGCACUCUCCCGGCGCGAUCUCAUAAUCGAUUUCUACGCUGCCUACCCCAUCCAGCCAGUAGUCGCCUUUGAACUGCCACCGCCAGAGCUUCCCGCCACCGCCUUGAGGGCGGUCACCCGAAAGCCACCACCGCCGUUCAUCUUCUCUCCAUCGACCAGCGAGAAGCGAUCGGUGCCUUCGCCGAAGAAGGCAACGGCCGCUAUGUGCACCAGAAGCGCUUCGGCCGUCCACUUGAACCGCCUUCGGCUAGUGUUUCCUGGCGCUCUCUGGUCCUUUGUCCUCCGCCAUCACCGCCAGCUGCUCACCCGCACGCUUAAGCGGGGUGUCGAGGCCUUUUCGUUUCCCAGUGAGGCGGUCGAGGUCCUUAGCCUGCAUGCUGCAGGGGCGGAGAUGGAAGUCAUCCUGUCUUUAAAAGAGUCUCCUGGCUCGCAGUCGAACAUCUCAGCCACCCUUUUAUCCAGCUCCUUUGCAGAAUCGUGGGAGGUGUACAACCUGGUGGCGUUCUUCCUCUCGCGGGAGGUGUCCCCGACACUACCUCAGUCGGUGGUGUCGCCACCGCGGUGGUAUGAAAGCAGCACUCGCACCAGCGCGGCAACGCCGCAUGCAGCGGCGGACGAGGCUGCGAAUACUCCGCAACCGACGGCAGUACCACCACAACCUUCGCCUUCAGUGCUGCGCAAGCACCAGGUGGCGCCGACCUUGUCCACAAAGGCGCCGCUGUCAAAAAUCAGCGCCACUGCCGCGACGUCGGCGACGUACCAGCCGCUGAAGCUGAGUGUGCCUUUGCUGUUCUUGGAAGAGGCCGCCGAUGCGCUGCAGAAACUCAUUGAUACCGCGCCGUCGCAGCUGCGGCUGGCGCUCCUCAGGGAUACCAUGUACGCUGUGCCGGAUGCGAACGACGUGCAAGUUCACUUGUGGGCGGUUCAGCCAACCGGCCUCUACAUCGAGCUUCUCCUGCGCUGUGCGGAUGGAAACGGCGAUCACGGGGCGUUCGACUGCGAGGCGGCAAUCAACCGCUGCUCGUUCACCGAAACGUGGGGCGUUAUUGGAUCCUUCACCGCGGGCCUCACAUCCUUGGCCGUCGAGGUGCCUAUUGUUGCCAAACGCUGCGCUUCGACGCCGAGGACCGCGCCCGCGUCGCAGCGGGUGGACACGAGUGUGAUGACGACUGCUUGCACCGUGGCGACAACCGUGGCCGCGGCCCUGCCACAGUCGGAGUUGCUUGUGCGCUCAGCCUUGCCGUGCACCGAGGCGGUCCGGCGAUCGUGGCUGCUGUCUGAGGGCUCUGUGCUUAACGCCCCUGAGUACACAAACAGCGAACGGCCCAGUGUCAGCACCACCAGUAGCGUCUACAGCCUCAUUGCUCAAAACGGUCCCAUCCACAGCGCUGAAUCUUCCUCUUCGAGCGCGAACGAAGGCUUCGUCUCUGCAGGCUCUGUUGCGGCGACAUCACACCGAAAACGGGUGGUGGUGUCAUUGAGGAGGCGCCCCACCACAACGGUGGAGAUACAAACAACUCCGCCGGUCGCGCCUGCGCUUGCACCGGGGUGUGUGAAUGAGUCGACAGGCAAGUCGCUCCUCACGCAGACAUAUUCGACGCAGUUGUCGCUUUCCAGAACCCUCUCCGAGUCGAAAGUCGAGAGCAUCGGUGUCCCUUGCGGGAGCUCGGCCUCGGCGCGGACGGCGCUGCUAUCACCUCGGGUGCGCACAACAAAAGAUGGCGCCUCUUCAGUGACGGAAGUGCUCGAACGACGGCCGCAAACCGUUGCUGAGUCGGCCGAACACUCCUCCGAACGACUCACGCCGAGUACAAUCACGGCAGAAAGUACGAUGGGGCACCCCAACGCUUACGUCGCCGACUCGGUGAAGUCAAAGAGUGACGCAAAGAAGGCGAACAAGUCCCUGCUGGCACCCUUUCUAUUUCCAACGCUGCUGCCCAUACCGCGGAACUCGUCGGAAAAGCCGGCAGCCGUCGGGCAAGAGCAGGUCGCCUCGUGCGUGCUUUGUGACGCAGACAAGCAACGCACGAAAUCGCUGCAGGAAGACAAGAGCACGCAGGCGAUGUCCAACAGAGAGGAAGAGGCACCUGCUAGUGAGCUACGUGAUCUCCUUGAGCCACCACUGGAGCAGAAACCGAUGCCCUUGUCACGACACACGGCCACAGAGCGCCAACUGGCCUACCAACAGCAGCGCAUCAGCUUUGAAGAGAAUGAAUAUGCAGGAGUCACGGACGCCGGUGCCACCAACACGGAGUCGAGCACCGCUCCAUCCCCUUCCGAGGACACUGCGGUGGCGGCUGACUUGGCAAUGCAGAAGGUCGACUUGGACAGUACUCAAGGAAUGCAUGUCUCCUCCAUGGCGGGGGACAAAUGGGAGACGCUGCGGGAGCAGUACCCGCUGCAGCUGCAGCGCGCGUUGACGGAAGACGUGCACGCUUUAUUUGGCACACUCACGGGCGCGAUAGAGAAAGUGAUCGUGAGGUGCGCCGGCAAGCUCCACGAGGAGGUGAUGGGUGCCCCAGGUGUGGUGCGGCAGCCGUCCAGCCAGGAGCGGGAUCCGGAGGCGAGCGCCGCCGCCUCCACUACCUCAGACGUCUUUUCUCCAGCAGCCGUUGAAGUCCUCCCAGAGCUGCGGAUGCUUCCCAUGACAGAUUUCUACGCACAGCAUUCUCAGCGCCACCUCCGUCCGCUGCGCUCGUUCGCCGUGUCGUCGGUGUGCAGCGCGGCAGAGGCUACCAUGCAGCGCCGCGCCGUUCCCAUCGAAAGCCUCGUGGACGCCUCCGCGAAGGCUGUCACCAUCAAUCAAGUGGAGGUACUCUCGCCGCUCUCUGCGUCAGUAGUGUCGUCGCCAGCGAAGCACGGAGCAACGUUUCACGGCCAACUGUCUAGCACCCUGCAGGGUCGUCUGCUUGCAGACCGCGGCGAUGGCGUGGCGAAGGCAGCAAUUCAUGAUGUCAACGCUGUGCUGGUGUCCACCAAGAACGAGAUGGCGCUGCAGGCGGUGACCGUCGCUGACGGUAGCUCGUGGCAAGCUGACUUCUCCGUCCCAACAGCUGUGCUUGAGCGGUCGCCGUUGCUUCACCAGGGUGCACUCACCGAAUUCUCCGCAUCCUGCGCACCCGUGCGAAUACUGCUUCGUCGCUUCUUUGACGUCCCUGGACUCAUCGACGAAACGCUGGCAGGGGAAGUGAAGACUGUGCGCACGCUCUUUUCCGCAGAGACGUGCGCCGUCCUUGACACGGCGGAUGAUUUGGUUGAGGACCUGCAACUCUCCGGCCACCUCACGGUGAAUGCGACGUUGCGCUUGCCGACCACUCACUCUGUGGCAGAAUGUUGUUCGUUGCUGUUGGAGCAUGACUACCCGAAGGUGAAUGAGCUGCUGCACCAGUUGGCAGCAGUACGAACACCGCGGGCACCACCACACGUAGAGACAAAGUUACAGCCGGAGGCGAUGCACUGCAGCACUCUCUUAUCCAGCUCCACAUUGAUGCUUUCACCGACGACCAGUGCGGCGCCGGUAUCACCAGAAGGCCGAGACGCCAGCUCACAUGCCCUCUACGUAGAGGGCGACUUGUGGCCAGCGGCAAUAGAGCAGCGCGCGGAUGUGCUGCGCGAGGCGCUCAUCUCAGACGCCAGGUCGCUGCGCGCGGUGGAGAACGCGCUACAGCAAUGCCCUCUCACAGCUGCCCGGGCGGUGUGCCGCCGCUUCAGCGGAACAUCGCGCCACCUCAGCAAUCAUAAAGUAACGGAUACCAUGUACAGAGCACAUCUAGAAGGAAAGGCAUGGUGGCAGACGCUGGUGGAGCACGGUGACCUCCUCACUGAAACCUUUGUGUGGGAGACGCUGCAGUGCCUGCGUGGCAGUGAAGUCGCCGCCGUGCCAGUCACCGUUGCGGUGAUAGGCAUUGCGGCGAAGUCGGACGGGAUCACGAUCGCGUACGAUGUAGCUAGCACGACGGUCUGUACUAACGUUGAUCGAGGGCGAAUGGCGCACGCGAUCAUGGAAUACCCUUUCCCUCAGCUGUGGAAGAUGUAUGACAGCUUCAUGCUGACCCGAAAACCGCUCAAGCACGGCAUGAACGGGCUCCGAAUUGCCCCCCGUCACCUUAGCACAGCGUACGACGUUGCCGAGGUGCCGAGCCAACGCCAGCACUCGCACAUCGAACUUGCGCUAGGUAUGCCGCUCGACCCUCUCCAGACAAACCUGGCGACCGUGGUGCCCGAUGGCAAGGUCGAGAAAGCAGGCCCGCUGACUGUCGUAAGCAAAGCGGAGAUGGCUGGAGGGAAGAAGAUGUACGGGCUCAAUUACUUGCCAGCGCCAGACGCGGUGUCGGCACCUCCAGCCGCGGAGGCGACGGGGAAACCUCCCCCGGCAGCCGUAGUGGCCAAUAUGUGCAUCGUUGGGACAGAGAGGGGCCGCAUGGAGGUGGAUACACGGGCUGCAAACCUGCCGCCUCCACUGCCUCGUCUGCAGACAUCCUUGCCACAGCGGAGCGAGCCGAGGGUGCACCAGCAGCAUCAGCAGCAACGGCGGCACGACGGGCAGAUGCGUGUCGAGGAACAGACAACGAGUACUUGCGAGCACCCAGCGCCGACGUACGCUGCGACGGUGUCAUUCACAGAAACGGGGUAUGAGGAGGACGACGACGCAGAAGACACCACGUUGUCGGAGAGCGACGAAUGUGUUGAGCACAGAGCUGCGCAGCCGCCUGCUCCUCUUCGCCGCAGCACCGCCGCACGGCCGGUGGUCUCUGCCCGCGCCGCACCAGUCUCUACCACGGCGGCUCCCGUUAUUCGGAUACCAGUGACACCGUCACCGCCGUUGAAGGUUCUCAACAAGGUGGAGUCGGUGGAGCGUCGCACGCCGUGUGCUGUCCGGCUGAGCGCUCCCUCUCCCCAAACUCCGCAAAGCGCCGCUGCCCCAGCCGUCCCCUCCCUGUCGCCCAUCUCCAUUCGGAUCGCCGCGGCCCCCUCUCAGGUGCCAGUGAAACAAACACUGCGUGCUGCCUCAGCGCCUGCUAAGAAGAGGCCCCCAUUGGGUUUCGACUCAAGCUUGGCAGGUGAGGAGCCUACGCAUCUGCCAACGCUUUACGCCGAAGGGGAAGGUAAGACGCACGGCAAGCCGCGGGCAUCAGCACCGUCUUCCCUCACGCGAUCGCCAUCUCUCGUGAAGGUUUGCCCGGCGGUGCCGACUACGGUUGUCGACGUGCGCAUGGAUCACCCGCCUAAGGCGGCUGUGCUUGACGCAAACCCGACUGCUACCGCCAUUCCCAUACCGAGCUGUCCUCCGCUCAGCGCACAUCUUUACUCAGCUACCAAGAGCGCGCCUUGCGCGGUUUUACAGACGAGCCAGGCCAAUACGACAGCGGGGCACCUCUACAAUGCACCGAAGCUGCCCUCGUGCGGACCGGCUUCGCUCUGUUACAGCCACUCUCCGCAGAUGAUCACACUUGCGUCCUCUUCUCAGUACAGCAGCGCGGCCAAGAUGCAAUCCGGCGCCCUUAGCUCCUCGCCCGCGUCACCUCUGCCAACGAUUAGGAUGCUUCCGAGUCACUCGCCGUCGUUCGUCUUUGUCUCUACAGAGCCGAGCCGCCGUCUACAGAGGUUGCAGGACGACUUUGACUUGAUCGAGAGGACGAUCCGCGCGCGCUACUCUUGCAUGCAGCGCGAGCUCAUGGCGACUGUCACGACCGCGCUACCCGGCAUGUAG